GGGGCCCCUGGUUGGAAAGUCUGGGACCCGCGGGAGGGCUGGAGGCGGAUGGGAGCCUGAGGGUCUGAGGAGAUUGUCCCGGCUCUGAUCAGGGAGGCGUUUGGGGGCGGCGAGUUUGUGAGCAACUCUGGUGGCGGUCGGGGCCUGGUCAGGCCCGGCCGCCGCGGGCCCCGAGUCCAGGCGCUUCAGUUCUCCCGCGGACACCGGCUUUGCGGCCGCUGCUGGAGCUGCUUCCUAACCCGGCCCGAUGGUCCGGGGCCGGACGCUUUUCCAGGCGGGAAGAGGUGUGCUCUGGGCUGUACAGUGCCCUGAAGUGGACGGUCCCCAGAACUUCGGGAAUAGGAGGUUUGUGCAGUUUGAGAGCGGUCCACAGGGCGCAGAAGUUCCGAGCUCUAGCACAGGCAGCGGAACCACUGAGGUAAAUCCCUGGCUCUCCACCAAAUUAAUUUUAGGUUCAUUGUUCUACAUAGAGAUUAAAAUGGCUUCCAGAGGAAAGACAGAGACAAGCAAAUUGAAGCAGAAUUUAGAAGAACAGCUGGAUAGGCUCAUGCAGCAGUUACAAGACCUGGAGGAAUGCAGAGAGGAACUUGAUACAGAUGAAUAUGAAGAGACCAAAAAGGAAACUCUGGAGCAGCUGAGUGAAUUUAAUGAUUCACUGAAGAAAAUUAUGUCUGGAAAUAUGACGUUGGUGGAUGAACUAAGUGGAAUGCAACUGGCUAUUCAGGCAGCCAUCAGCCAGUCCUUCAGAACCCCAGAGGUCAUCAGAUUGUUUGCAAAGAAGCAACCCGGUCAGCUUCGUACAAGGUUAGCAGAGAUGGACAGAGACCUGAUGGUGGGCAAGCUGGAGCGAGACCUGUACACCCAGCAGAAAGUGGAGAUCCUCACAGCGCUCCGGAAGCUCGGAGAGAAGGUGCUGUCCUCAGCCAGUUUGAGAAAGUCUCCUCGGACCUCGGCUCUGGAGACAAAGUCCUGGCUCUGGCAAGUUGUGAGGUUGAAAAAGCAAAAAAAUGACAGUUUGGCAGCUGGUGACAUCAAUUACCUUCUUACUGUAAAUGGUGGUUUUCUUCUGAGGAUUUUGAGUCAUUGCAAAGAAACAGAGUCUCGACAUGUAUUUACAUCCUAAGAAUGGGUGACAGGACGCACAGCUUGCGUGGCGCUGGUUGGCGUCCUGCUGUGUGGGCCGAGCUGAGCAUCCUGGCCGCGGUGGGAUAGAGGGACACGCUGGAUUUCACUCCUUACUAUCUGUCUGUGUGCCAGAGAAACCAUAAAACGACUUCUUUGUUUUUAUGCAGACUCCCUGAUUCUAAGUGCUGGUAGUGAAAAAGAAAAUGUGAGGUAGGAUCCUUUCUGUCCUUCACUUUUCUCCCUCCCGAGUAUGGACAGUGCUGCAGCAUCACUAGACCAACAUGAAUUCCUAGACUUUCAGGCUCUUAACCGAUCUUAGAAAUCACUUUCAUUUUACAAAAUGGAAACUGACCCUCAGAGCAAGCAAGGGGCAGAUGUUGUGCCUGCCCAACAUGCACAACCCCCUGCGUGUGAUUCCCAGAGCAGCAAAAAAGAAAUUUUAAAAGAAAAAGAAGAAAGAGCAAAUCAGCAAUUUACUUAAAGUCACAGUAGAAAAGGAGCUGGGGGCCGGGGAUUUACCUCAGUGGUUUUGCCGCCUGCUGUGCAAGCACAAGGACACUAGUUCGAUCCCCAGUACCAAGAAAAGGAGCUGGGAUAAAAGUUAGGUGUGUUAGCUCUCACUUUAUUGCCCGUUUAAUUUUACUUCAUUAUUCUGUAAUGCUUCAAAAAAUAAUUAACUUGUACGUGUGCAAGUCAGCAUCAGUGAGAAUUCAGUGUCCAGCCCAAAGCUGACUGGGCUCCAAGGGAUGCCCCUGCCUGGGAGUGGGGCAUGAACGGGGCCAUUGUGUCCCAGGAUCUCUGCCCCGAACAAUGGCGCCCUGUUGAGUCUCCAAGUAACUAACCACCUACGUGCUUUUGCUAGGGCAGCUCUAGGAAGUGGCAGCUAGAGGCCUCCCUGGGCCUGACCUCCUGCCAGGAUGAGUGGGAACAGUACACUGCUAUUUACUCCGAAGUUUCGGGGAACACAAAAUGAGUUCUGAGGAAAGCAGGUUUCUCGCGGGGUGUCCACAUCUCCCCACGUGGUUAACUGCACAGACAUGUCCUGUGCAUGCACAUCCGCUGAUUUCCCAGGCCUUGGUUGUUCUGUAUUCUUCCAUGUCAUAUUAUUAUUUUACUUUUCUUUUGCACUUUAUACAAGUUGCAACAUUUUUUUUUUUUUUUGGUGCCGGGGAUCGAACUCAGGUCCUUGCGCUUGCGCAGCAGGCAGCAAAACCACUGAGCUAAAUCCCCAGCCCUGUUGCAACAUUUUUAAUGCUUCUUGUAUACUGUAAAUUCUACUAGGUGCUUUGCCAACUAGAAAAAUUAGAGGACCUCAGCGACAUUAAUGCCUUACUGAAAACUUUUAACACUUUAUUGUUGUUUUCUUUUUGGAGAGUCUUACUACGCUGGGCUCAAACUCCUAGGUCCAAGUGAUCCUCCUGCCUCAGCCUUUUGAGAAGCUGGAACUAUAGGCAUGUGCCACUGUGCCCAGCUAAUGGGUUGUUUUUUAUAUACUGGUUUACGACCAUAAAAAACUCACUGAGGCCUGGUGAUGUAACAGGAGCAAGACCCUGGGUUUAAUCCCCAGUACAGUGUGCAAAACAAAAUCACCAAAAUUGUGACAAACUGAGAAAAACUAAAUUACCUGCUAUUCAUCUAGGUCUUUAUGGUCAUUUACUGCUAUUUCAUUGUUUUGUGUUUGUUUAAUGGAGGUGAAAUCCUGCAUAACAUGGCAUUCACCACUUCAUAGGGUACAAUUCCGUGCUAACAAUUGUGUUCAGCUCUCACCAGUGUCCUGUUCUGAAACACUCCCGCGCCCUCAGAGGGACCAUCCAUCCCUAGAAGCUCAGUCCCCACUGCCUUCUCCUAGCCCUCCAGCAACUGUGGAUUCACCCGUUCCGGCUCUUUCCCAUAAACAGAUCACACAGGAGGUGACCUUCUUGUGUGUCUUGCUUUUCUCAUGUAGCAGGCUCUUUGCAGUACUGCAUCCCUUUUUACAGCCAGAUAAUAUUCCAUGGUAGAGGGACCACCUUCUGUUCAUCUGUUUACUUGUUCAUGAACAUAUGAGUUUCCACCUUUUGGCUACUAUGAAUCAUGCUCUUAGGAACAUUUGUGUACAAGUAUUUGUUUGAAUAUCUAUUUUCAAUUCCUUUGGGCAUAUUUCUACAAAUGGGAUUGGUAUGUUUGUUUCUUACGCCAUAUCAAGAUUCUUCUGGGCCGGGGAUUUAGCUCAGUGCUUCUGCUGCCUGCCUUGAAAUUGCAAGGACCCGAGUUCGAUCCCUGGUACCAAAAAAAAAGAUUCUUCUCUGCUUUCCCCCAAGUAAACCAGGACAGGAGAACUUUGCAUUUGAAAGGGAUUUAUAUGAACCUGAAGUCCUUAAUCUCAGUUCCCCCUAAACUUUUUUUUUUUUCACUACUGGGACUUGAUGAACACCAGGACCUUCACACUGAGCUGGAUCCCCACCCCUUUUGGGGGGGAUUGAGGGGAGACGGUCUUGCUAAGUCACAAAGUGACCCAGGCUGGACUCGAACUUUCAGUCCUCCUGCCUCAGCCUCCCAAGUACUGGGAUGACAGGUCUGUACUACCAUGUCUGGCCUUCCUCCAACUUUAAGACCAGCUUUGGCCAAACAUUUUGUCACUAAUCACAGUAAUGUGUUCAGUGUAAAUCUGUCUGCCUUUAGAAGACCACAGAUGCGUAGCACCCAGCAAGACACUGACAGUCUUGUCUGUGUGACCCUUCCCCCUAAACGGGGAUAAUAAGACCUACCUCUUGGGUUACUGAGCAUUGCUAUCUUCCGCAGAACUGCACAAGCGCCCCCUGCCCCGCCCCCCCCCCCCCCCCCGCUUUGGCGCUGGCCCACUGUGUAAGAGCUCCUCCAAGGACCAUGUGACUCACUGUGCUUCACAAACUUGGUACUCGUUCAGUAAAAUCAGUUGAAAAGUGAGUUCUGUGCACUUACAGUCAUUGGUUGGCCUGUUGGCCAUGGUUCCGGUGCACAUUUUGCGAGUUUCUAGGUCCCCGGAAGUUGGAGGGCUCAGUUUCACUGAGGCAGCGACCUUUUCAACGUUCUUGGAUCAAGCUAAUAUUUUAGUGAGGUUCUGCAUUUCUCAAAGAACUGGGGCUGAAGCAAAGUAAGCUCCAAGUGAGGAAGCAUCCAGAAGUGCUGCUAAAUGAAACCUAAUCACGUCAAACAAUUCUUGGGUUUUAGCAUUUAGUUUUUAUCCUGGGCCUAGUGAAAUAGCUAUUCCAGGUGGGCAGGUUCUUAGGGUGAAACUGAGGGCUCUAAGGGGUUAUUCCCAGGGAGGAGUUGGAGUUGGGAUGAGUGGACUGUUAACUUUGUGAGACCUGCUUUUGAAGACGUUUACCUAAGGAAAGGUUGUCUUUAGUGAAAUAAAGAUUGUGCAACUAUA